AUGGUAUCUUUUAUGAAAAAAGGAAUUAUAUACAUAUCGAUUUUAUUCGUAUUAAUAAACUAUAUGUGUAAACAUUUUAGAGGAUGUAAUGUAACAAGCGUAGCAAGAGUACUGAGUGACCACAAGGUAAAGAAAUGCAUUUACGUCAAUAGUACUAAAUUACAAAAUGGUAUAAACAAGCGUAUUAAGAACUAUCGUCCAUUGUAUUAUAUUAAUAACAGAAGGACGAGAAGAAAUCAGAGUUACAAACUGAGCAAGCACAAGGUGUGUACAUUAUUCCCCUUCUUCAGUAGCAAGCGGGAUGAUAAAAACGAUAAGAAUGUUAAAUAUAACAAGAAUAAUAAGUAUGAUAAGAAUGAUAAGUAUGAUAAGAAUGAUAAGUAUGAUAAGAAUGAUAAGGAUAAUAAGAAUGAUAAGGAUAAUAAGAAUGAUAAGGAUAAUAAGAAUGAUAAGGAUAAUAAGCAAGGCGAACAUGUAAACAUCACUGAGAGUAGUAAAGGAAACAUUAACCAGAACAAAAAAAAUGAAAAAAAAUUGGGUGUCGAAUCGAAUGGAAGCACUGAGAGUUUGCAGAAGGACAGCAACCAGGUGAGCUCUAAUGAAAAGGUAAAUUCACAGCAGAGGAAUAGAAGCGAUGGUAGUAGAAUCGAGGGUAAGGAGCAAAAGGAGGAAACGCUUGCAAGAAGUGAUAGUAGCGAUGGUAGGGGAGACAAUGAAGAAAGAACAAACAGCAGUGUACGGCGUAAUAAUAUUGUCUUGUCUAUAAAACUUAAAGGCAUGGAAGAAGAAGAAGAAGAGGAAAGGGUCAAUUCAAAAGAAGCACUUAAAAAUAUAAAUAAAUAUAGAAAACAUUUAGACAUGUUAAAAGAUAAAAUUAUAAUUGCAUUUAGCAGUAUAUUUUGUUCAUAUACAAGAAAAAUAGAAAAGAAGGAAAACUUCAAAUCGUUUUAUGAAAGCAUACUGAGCAAUUUUGAAAGGAACUACUGUAAGUAUACAUUCCUAGAAGAUAUUCUAAAUAUGAAAAAUGAAAAAACACAAAAGGAGUAUCUGUUAAAUAACUACAGUUAUUUUGUUGAUAUAAUUAAUAUUAUUGAAGAACAACUAUAUAACAUUUUCCUUUUUAAGAUCCAAAUAGUAAAAGCAAAAGCGUUAAAUGAUAUAAAAGAUCUUUUAUCAGAUAAAGUAGAUAAAAUAGAUAAAGCAGUUAAAGCAGAUAAAGCAGUUAAAGCAGAUAAAGCAGUUAAAGCAGACAAAGCAGAUAGAGCAGAUAGAGCAGAUAACAUAGAUUACAUAUCAUAUAUAAAUAGUAUUAAUAAAAUAUUUCGAACAUAUGAACAAGAGUUAAAAAGUUUGAUCCCACCUAAUUUUGAAUUUUCUAUAUAUAAUAAAAUUAGGGAAAAGGACAAAAAUAAUUUCUUAUUAAAUUCGACUUAUCAAAUACCCGUUGAAAAAUAUAAAAAAAUUUUAAAUGACAAUGUUGAGCAUGUGAAAAUGUUUUGUAAAGACUUAACCAGGAAAAAAAAAAAAAAUGCAUAUAAAGAUAUAGAAAAAAAUAAAAAUUAUCAAAAUAUUUUGCAAGUAAUUGAUAAUCAACAAAAACAAAUUGAAGCAUUACAGGAACAACUAGAAUCUUCUAUUGAAAAUGUAAAUGGAAAAUAUUCCCCUUUUCAUUGUGCACUUGCCUAUAGAAUACCUGACACUAAUUUGAAUAUAUCAACACAAUAUAUGAAAGGAAAAUUUAACAUAAAAUUAAAUUGCAUUCCUGAUGAUUCUUUGCAUUUACUGGGAUCCUAUGGGUUUGUCAAGGCGCUACCUUAUGGUAACCUGGGCUUAUCCCUCUCCCUGAACUUUUGA